AAAACUCACGUGAUCAUCACUGAAAAGGAGAAGUGCACUGUGCUUUAACACCAGUGAAUGUGCACGUCCAUUACAAAUGGCAUUGUGCGGAAUAGUGGGAUUUCGUACGUGUACUAAAAGGAGAUGUAUGGUAGUUCAGAGCCAUUUUAGAGUACAUGUGUGCUUGGAUUGCGGCGCGCCAUCUCAAUGUAGGCCGAGUUUCACACUGAAAGCAACCUUGGUCAAUGUGAUCGAUGGGAACGCAGCCGAGGCAGAUGGGAAUUGGUUGUUCCCCGCCCGAAAACACUGCACACCACGACGUGUUACGGUCUCAUUUGAUCUCAUCAUGUGGAGACAGCAGGACUCGAACCCGCGACUACUGGACUAGUAGCCGGAACUGCUACCCCUUUGGCUACCGGGUGACGGCCCACAACGAUGGGCACAACAGUGAAUGACUGAUUGGGGGGCAAUUUUAGAGUACAUUGUUGUGGCCGUCUUAUCACAAUGUCUCUUAACUCACGUGUCAUUGGCUGCCUGAAACAUAGCAAGUCACUUCUCAUUGGUUGUAAUUCGGACGAUGAAACAUUGACUAUUCUGUGUGUUGCCUUUUGUAUAUUUCCGAAUUGGUUAUCGAUACACCUCCUGAAUUUCCAUUGGCAUUCUUGAUACAACAUCUGGCGUCGCCAGCCCAAAGAUACACCUUUCUCUUCAUCCCC